AAUGGCAUCCGGUAGCCAUGUGGAUGUCAAUGAAAGGCGUCUUCGUCCGAUUUAUGAUUGUCUGGACAACGGAAAUAACAAGAAAGCCAUACAGGAGGCAGAAAAAGCUCUAAAGAAACACAAAUACUUCCAAUGUGCUAAAGUAUUGAAGGCCCUUGCCUUGUUGAGACUCGGUCGUCAUGAUGAGAGCACGGUGAUCCUAGACGAAAUCCAUUCUCAACACCCUACAGAUGAAGCUACACUACAGGCAAUGGCGAUAUGUUACAGAGAGCUGUACAGACUGGAAGCCAUCGCAGACCUGUAUGAGAAUGCCCGGAAGAAUUGUCCAGAAAACGAGGAUAUUCUAUCAGCUUUGUUUAUGGCUUACGUUCGCCUGGGUGAUUACAAAAAACAGCAGCAGACGGCCAUGUUGCUCCAUCGACUCCAGCCCAACAAGAACCCGUACUACUUCUGGGCUGUGAUGAGCAUCGUCAUGCAGAGCCAGACGAGCGAUAAUGAAAAGCUAGCAAAGGGAAUGUUCCUCCCACUGGCCGAGAGGAUGAUCAAGAAAUACAUCGACGAGAACAAGAUCAAUGCAGAGGCAGAAGUACAGCUGUACUUGAUUAUUCUUAAUCUUCUCGGGAAGUGGGAGGAAGCGUACGAAGUAGUAACAGGGCCUUUAGGGGAAAAACUAACGAGUGAAACCUUCUUCAAGGAAAAGAAAGCUGCAGAAAUGUUUUCCGAAUUAAGCAAAUGGCCUGAAGCAAAUGCAAAGUUCAAGUUUCUGUUGAAAGAAAAUCCAGAUCAUUGGCAGUAUUGGAAGGACUAUCUUUCUUCUUGUUUGAAAACUGUGCAAUCAAAAUGGACCCCACCACAGGAUGCUGAAGACUGUGAAACUGAUCACAGCAUUGAGAUGGCAUCUGCAUUCAUUAGUCAGACCAUUACGUCUUGUUCAGGAGAGAGGCCUUUGCGGGGCCCUUAUCUAGCACAGCUAGAACUGAUCAGGAUGCUUCGAGAAAACAAGGAACUUUCUAUUGAACCCACAGGAUCACCCAUGGAGCUUUUACAAGAAUACUUCAAGACAUUUGGAGACAAAAGCUGUUGUUAUGAUGACAUGAAACUGUUUACUGAUUUAAUUACAAAACAACAACAAGUGGAAAUGAUUGACUUAUUUACAAAAUCUCUAGAUCUUCAUAAUACUGAUGGCAGCAUUGUGUUCGCUUCGGACAUGAAAGUUAUGCAACGUCACUUGACCAUUCUGCAGUUGGCCAGGUAUCUUGGAAUCCUUGACACCAAGACCUCAGAAGAAAAACUUGCUUUGUCCAGAGAGUGUAUACAGAGGUAUCACCACGGCUUAGAGUUUGGCAAGGAUCUCCUUAUCACAGACAUUCAGUUUUCUGACAAUUUCUUGCUGAUGGCAGCUUACCUUUUAGUAGAAGUUUGGGAGGAAACAAAGGAUCAGCAUUACCUUAUAGAAGCCAUUGUCCAGCUCCAGAGAGGCUCCAAAAACUGUCCAGCCAACUUCCAGUUCAAGGUGCUUCUCAUUCACUUGUUCUCCCUACUGGGUGCUUACGGCCCCUGUCAGCAGCUGUACGAGAGUCUAGAGGUCAAACACAUCAUGAACGACACACUCGGGUAUCUCAUUUCCAAUCACAUGAUCAGGUUGGGACAUUUUGCCGCGGCUGGUGCAAACUUUGGAAGCAUGCUCAAAUUCUUUGCCGUAAACCACAAAGAAACAGCAGAGUAUUUGAUUGCAGCAUAUAAAUAUGGCUCGUUCAAUAAAAUCUUUGAGUUUGUGAGAUUCAGGGACAAAUUACAGAAUUCCUUACAAUAUGCUUGUGCUAAAGUAGAGAGCAUGCUUCUGGACCUGAUUCUGGAGACGUCCAGUCAUCAGAGCGCGGAACAGAUGGUGACCUACAUGGAGAUCGAUCCGUCGGAAGAAGGAGCACCUGCUGCGGAUUUUGAUAAACUCUGUGAUAAUCGAGAUCUGCGAAUCAUGGAAGCAUGGGAAAAAGAAUGCUACAACUCCAAAGCAGCCUCCGAUUUCUCCUUUAAGGAAGAAAAAGCGUGGCUGAGAAUUAGAAGUUUGACUUUGCGAAUUAUUGCCUGUGCCGUAAGCCUUGGUCAGCAAGUGGGAUCGAACACCAAAAACUUGAACAAUGGAGUAGAUCCAGAGAAAAAGGCCACAAAUGAAAUUCUAGAAUCACUUGGAAAACAACUUUGUGAACAUGUCAAAGAAUAUGAAAAGGAAUUCAGCAAAGUCUACAACUACUCUCUACAAGGCCCUAGUCCUACACGGAUAUCCAAAUAUCUCGCAGAUGGACAUUACCAAGUUGUGUGUUCAAUGAUUGAGUAUAUUUUACAUGUGUUCAAAUUGCAGUCAGAGGAUUUAGAGCACUCAGAAAAUGAAAAACAAGAAUCACCUUCCCAAAAAGUUCCAGAAAUUCUCACAGGCCUUUUAACCAAAUACAGAGGUACUCUGUUGACAGAAAUCGAUGGGAAGAAAUCCAUUAAUGCUGCUGUAGCCGAAAACCUCUCUCUGCUGGUGGAGACUCUGUCCCAUUCAGCCAUCUUAACGGGGGUCUGCCACAAAAUCUUAAAACCACUGAAGACCUCAUGGAACAAGAGAUGUCGGAAGAAGAAAGCCGAGACUCCCCCUCCACUUCCUGCUGUCUUCACCAAUUUUACGAAGCUUGUGGCUAGUUUUGACUCUUGUGCCAAGGACAUGCAUGUAGCCAUGCGUGACCUUGACCCUGUGCUAUUAUCGGUAGACUUGAGCAGUCUGAGUAUAGUCGAGUCAGAGGACAGUGAUUUUCCUGAGGCUGGCGAGGUUAGGAAGGAGGUGUUGAAGGGUAUUGAGACUAGUUACCAGACUUCAUCCCGAGAAGUGUGCGAAAUCAUCCAUAACAAAUUACAAUAUUUCAGUAGUCUAAGACUGUGACAUUACAUUUUAUAGAAUAUAUUACUAUGAAAGGGUUUUUAAAAGACCACACAAUCUGACUUACUCCAGAGCUUGGAACAUUAUCAAUACUGAUUUUGAUACCAUUGGGAUGUAUUUUUUGUUUUGAUUGAUCAAUAUACAAUGGUUUUAUACAGG